AUGACGGUUGGAGAGAUCGCCUGCACCUACGCUUGCUUGAUCCUUCACGACGAUGGCAUUCCUGUCACUGCUGAGAAAAUUGCGACACUUGUGAAAGCGGCAAAUGUGAGUGUGGAAUCCUACUGGCCGAGUCUUUUUGCUAAACUCUGUGAGAAGAGGAGCAUCGAGGACCUUGUUACGAACGUUGGCGCUGGUGGAGGUGGUGCUGCCGUCUCUGUUGCGGCUCCUGCCGGUGGUGCUGCUGGUGGUGCCGCCACCGCAGCUGCCCCUGCUGCCGAGGAGAAGAAGGAGGAGCCAAAGGAGGAGAGCGAUGACGACAUGGGAUUCAGCUUGUUUGAUUAG